UUGGGGCAUGGGCGAAAUAGGCUGUUCUCUCCUUGCUUGUGUAGUGUGUGGGCUGGGGUUGGUGGAGGCUCCUAUUUUGGCCGCACUUGGUCUGCACUUGUGCUUGGAGGGCUUUUGUGUCCGGUUUUUGCUUUGCUUUGUGUGUGCGAGUUUUUGCUUUGCUCCGCGGCAUUCCUCCCGGGCGGGAGCCGUGAGGCUCGAAGGCGGCAGCGCGGUCCCCCCCCCCCCCCCAGGCAAAGAGCGAGCGCGCCGGCGUGAGCUGCGGGUGUGAGGUCUGCGGGGAAGGGGAUUCGCCGCGGAGAUGCCGGAGUUCCUGGAAGACCCCUCGGUCCUGACGAAGGAGAAGUUGAAGAGUGAGUUGGUCGCCAACAAUGUGACGCUCCCGAUCGGGGAGCAGCGCAAAGACGUAUACGUGCAGCUCUACCUGCAGCACCUCACGGCGCGCAACCGGCCGCCGCUUGCCGCCGGUGCCAACAGCAAGGGGCCUCCGGACUUCUCCAGCGACGAGGAGCGCGAGCCCACCCCGGUCCUUGGCUCCGGGGCCGCCGUCUCAGGCCGCAGCCGAGCCGCAGUCGGCAGGAAAGCCACAAAGAAAACUGAUAAACCCAGACUAGAAGAUAAAGAUGAUCUAGAUGUAACAGAGCUCACUAAUGAAGAUCUUCUGGAUCAGCUUGUGAAAUACGGAGUGAAUCCUGGUCCUAUUGUGGGUAAGUUGAGCUAUUCUCAAGCUGGAGUAACUGAGACUGAAUGGACAAGUGGAUCUUCAAAAGGCGGACCUCUGCAGGCAUUAACUAGGGAAUCCACAAGAGGGUCAAGAAGAACUCCAAGGAAAAGGGUGGAAACUUCAGAACAUUUUCGUAUAGAUGGUGCAAUAAUUUCAGAGAGUACUCCCAUAGCUGAAACUAUAAUGGCUUCAAGCAACGAAACCUUAGUUGUCAAUAGGGUGACUGGAAAUUUCAAGCAUGCAGCUCCUAUUCUGCCAAUCACUGAAUUCUCAGACAUACCCAGAAGAACACCAAAGAAACCAUUGACAAGAGCUGAAGUGGGAGAAAAAACAGAGGAAAGAAGAAUAGAAAGGGAUAUUCUUAAGGAAAUGUUUCCCUUUGAAGCAUCUACACCAACAGGAAUUAGUGCUAGUUGCCGCAGACCAAUCAAAGGGGCUGCAGGCCGGCCAUUAGAACUCAGUGAUUUCAGGAUGGAGGAAUCUUUUUCAUCUAAAUAUAUUCCUAAGUAUGUUCCCUUGGCAGAUAUCAAGUCAGAAAAGACAAAAAAGGGACGCUCUAUUCCCACGUGGAUAAAAAUUUUGCUGUUUGUUGUUGUGGCCAUUUUUUUGUUUUUGGUCUAUCAAGCUAUGGAAACCAACCAAGGAAAUCCGUUCACUCAAUUUUUUUCUAAUGACUCUGAAAAAUCCAUCUGAAUGAUAUCUCUUUUGGCACACUCAGUUUGAUCUCCUAUUUUUUCUAAUAACUGUAUAAACAUUUGUGUACACUUGUUGACUCGAGAACUAAAAAUGUGAUUUCACCUCAAUAAAUGUAGUAUUCCAUUGAAAAGCAAAAAGGAUAUAUAAAUGGACUUCAUUUAAAUGUUUUGGACUUUGGACUAGUAGGAGAUCACUUCGUGCCAUAUGAAUAAUCUUUUUUAGCUCUGGAACUUUUUUGUAGGCUUUAUUUUUUUAAUGUGGACAUCUUAUUUCACUUUUGAGAAAAAUGUAUAUUGUUUUUGUGUAUUUGGAAAACAAGAAGAGCAAAACAUGGUAGUAUAAUGUGAAGCUACACAUUAAAUACUUUGAAUUCUUACAGAAAAGAUUUUAAGAAUUAUUCUCUGCUGUAUAAAAACUUUAGAGAUAUGUGAAACAUGAAAUUUGGUAAGAAAAAGGUAACUUGGGUUGUACUUUUUGUAACUGCCACAGGUUUGAUGUGUUUAUGGAGGAACAUACAGCAAUAAUCUCUUCUGUAACUUUUAUUAAUAGUAAUAUUAUUGUAGUCCUGUUGUACUCACUUUUUAAAAGAUUUCUAGUAUCAUGAAUGUCCUGGUUCAGUAAGACCCAUUUAAAUGCUGUUGAUAUUUUAGCAGGGAUCUUUAGUGCAGCAUAUACAUGUUUUAGAGAAUUGUUAGCUGGCUGUACAUGUUUUUAGAAACUGUUUAGCUAGCUAUAAGGCUGUAAUUGGAAACUUGUACUUUUUAUUUACAGCAAAACAUUUAUUCUGUCAAUCCAAUUUGCUACCAAAAUAUUUUUUAGAUAAAUAAGUGUGUGUCUGUUUAGAAGUUAGAAACUUUAAACACUGGUCUGAGGUUCCAUUUGGAUUCAUUUUUGCAUUGUCUUCUGUUACCAAAAACAAAAUUUGCCAGGUUUUUUUUUUUUCCCUACAUUUUCCAACAGAAUUUGAUUUAAAAGUACAAAAAGUGUUUACUUUAAAAUUACAUAGUAAACUUUUCUUAGAUACAAAGUAGUUAAUACAUAAAUUUAUAAACUCUGAAUAUGGAGUGGGCAUUAUGAUUUUUGUACUCUUGAAAUGGUUAACUUAUCUUUGUGGUUGAUUUAUCUUAUUUUUUAACUAAAACUUACCUCAUGUAUAACUUGGUUAAGUAAAGUAGUAGGUAAUUGAAAUUUUAGUAGAAUCAAGUAAAACAAAUUUAAACUUAUUCAUAUGAAUUUCAACUUUACAGUCAUUGACCAUAAAGCACACUAAAAAUAUAAGUUAUUUUAAAUAUCAUCUGAAAUAAAAAGAUACUUUUUAAAAAGCAAACAGCUUAAUAUGUAUAUUUAGACCAGCACGCAAUUUUGAUUUCAUUAGCUGUAUUCUGAUGUUUAGCUUUGAAAUAUUUUGUAGACUUUUUUCACUUACUUUGCAAUUGAUCAGAAACUUUUGUAGGUCUGGUCCCAUGGGGGAGUGGGAAACUUACUCCUAGAUCAGAAAUGCUUGCCUCUCUGAGUAAAAGUGUUUCUUUGAGAUGAGCCACAGAGGGGGCACAUUUUACUCUUUUCUGCAGUACAGUAAUAGCAGUCUACUUCUUCCUUGUUUCUAAACUUUGCUUCCUAUAUAGUUUUCAGUCUUUUCUUUUUGAUUAGAAAUUGUGAGAAGCUGCAUUUAAUGUUUAAAAAUAUGGGAAAAUAAAUUGAACUUAUAUGUAUGUAAGAUCAGUUUUUCUAAUAGAAAGGUAUGGUCCAAAAUAGUAAAAGAAGGACCAGGUAAAACAUGUAGUUUUUUUGUUUUUUUUUUUUUCUUUUAAUGUGUACUUGGUCUUUUGUCUGUGUUUGUUUUAUUCCACUAGAAUAAAUGUGUCCUUGAUGUAAAUGCAAAGCAUUUCUUCCUGAUUAAAUUGUAGAUGUAGACUUUACAAUAUAAUUCAAUAAUAAAAAUGUAAUUAACCUCUA